UGCGGCCUGGGCCUGGCUGAGGCCUGGCUGAGGGGAGGAGAGGGCUGAUGCUGAACUUCGGCAGUUGAAAUGAACACUCUCUUAAAACACUGGAAGGAGGCGGCAACUGUGGUUUUGGCUGCAGGGACCCGAAAGCACACCCUGAGUGAGAGUGUCAGCAAAGCACACAGCGCUGACCCCUUGGCCUUGCCUUUGCUGCCCAACAUACAGAGAGAUGCCACUGCUUGGGCUAGGCCAGAGGUGGCUGCAUUUGAUUACGCGGUGCUACUCUUACAGCGCAGUGGAAACAGCAAGUUCAUGCCCAACGCUCACGUGUUUCCGGGGGGUCAGAUCGACCCCUCAGACUUCUCAAGCGAUUGGAUUGAAGUUUUCUGGCCCUUUGGCCAACCCCCCGACUUCAAUCUGGGCACAGUCCAGCAAACGACUGGCAGGUCUCCCAUCUAUGCAACCGAUAGGAAGAAACUAGGAUCUCCUGUCCCCGGGGAGAUAGGAUUCCGCAUAUGUGCCAUUAGGGAAACCUUUGAAGAGUCGGGAGUGCUGCUGGUGAGGUCCAAUUAUGAGCAUCCGGGUGGCCAGGGCAUCCCACAGCUUCCUGAAUAUGAAUGGAAGGAACUGGAGGUAUGGAGAGCCCGUGUCCAGAAAAACCCGGUCAAUUUUCUAGCCAUGUGCAGAGAGUUGAGUUGCAUCCCUGAUAUUUGGGCCUUGAAAGAGUGGAAUAAUUGGCUGACCCCCACUGGCCUGGGACAGAGCAGAAGAUACGAUACUGCGUUCUUUAUUUGCUGUGUGCAAGAAAUCCCCUUCACAACGCAGGACAAGAAAGAAACUGUUUUGUACAACUGGCUGACCCCACAUGAAGCGCUGGAGCGUUUCACCCCAGAUGGGAUCUGGUUGCCCCCUCCACAGUACUAUGAAUUAUCUAGACUCUGCCAUUUCCCUUCCCUGCAAGGCCUCCAUGAGUUCAGCCGCGAGCGGGAGCUGGAAGGAUGCGAGUGCUGGCUCCCAGUCCGCCUGGCCGCUUCUGAUGGAUUCAUUCAGCUUCUCCCAGGUGAUGAGCUUUAUCCCAAUGAUCCUCACUGGAUGGGUGAAAAGAACCUUAACUUGAGUUCCACAAAGUCUGUGGAGGAACUGUGUCGGGAUGCCACCAGACUGCACCGAAUCAAAUAUCGGAGCUUAUACGAUUUUACUCUACAAGUCAAUAUUGAGCCCAAAUAUAAGCACAUUCACCCACUGAUAAAGAGCAAUCCAAGAAAUAUGUCAUCCAAACUCUGAAUAGUCGAUGGAUAUUUUGGAAAUUCAGAAUGUAAUAAAGAGCAGUUCCAUGUAAA